UAUCUAAGUCAAAAGAAUUGUGUUGAUAGCCGCUCAGGUUCUAGGGUUUUCCGUUUCUUCAUCGAGAUCAAUGGAGAAGAAGUUUGAUAAGAAGUUCACUUGGGUAAUCAAAGAUUUCUCUUCUUUGAAAUCGGUGAAUAUAUUGUCAGAUAUUUUCGUCGUCCGUGGCUGCAAAUGGCAACUUAAUGCAUAUCCUAAAGGAAACAAGGGUCAUAACUUUUUGUCCUUGUUUCUGGAAGUCGCCGGUUAUGAAUCCCUGCCAUCUGGAUGGAGAAGACACGUACGAUUUCGACUCAUUGUUGUAAAUCAACGUUCGGAGACACUCUCCCGGCAAAAUGAAGGACAAAACUGGUUUGAAGAGAAGCCUAACGGCUGGGGUUUUGCAUCCAUGCUUUCUCUUGAUGAAAUUAAUGCCAAAGAUAGUGGGUUCCUGGUGAAUGGGGAGCUCAAGAUUGUUGCCGAGAUAGAACUUCUUGAAGUUAUUGGCAAAGUAGAUGUUAAUGGGUUUCACCUUCUUUCUUCACAGGUGGAAUCUGUGAGCCGUAUGUUUGAAAAGCAUCCAGAAACUGCUUCUGAAGUCCAUCUAAAGAACCCAAAUCUUAGGACAGGUUACAUGAGUUUGCUACUCAGUCUGAUAGAUACUCUGUGCCAGUCGCCUCACAAGCUCCCCAAGGAUGAUCUGGAUGAGGCGUAUUAUGCACUGGAAUCCUUGACUGAUGCUGGUUUUAAGUUGGAUUGGUUGGAGAAAAAAAUUUCUCAUGUGUUAGAAAGGAAGGAGAAAGAAAAAGACGGUGAGAUUCGUAAGAAAGCAAUUGAAAGAGAGUUGAAAGAUUUGAAGGAAAAGUGCUCAGAUCUUGAAGCUCAGCUGGAGAAGGAGAAGUCAGAAGCGUUGGCUGCUAAAACCACUAUCUUAUUUGAUGAUGUUAUCCAAUAAUCUCGAGUUAUUAGAAUUUAGACACUUGAAGUUUGUUCUUAUUUGGUUAUGCAUUAUCUCUUAUUUGGUUAUGCAUUAUCUCACUUAAAAUUAUUGAAACUCCUUUUAUUUUAGCUCUC